AUGGCCUUCUACAAUCAUCGAUUGCUCGACUUUCUAACGGCAUUGGGCAUUUCCUCUCUGUUUCCAAAUCUUGCGCUGCCCAUGAGGAGCUGGGAUGUACGCUCCAUGACAAAAGCCGUCUUGCGAGCUCGCUGGUGCACAUGCGGAUGGACGCUGAAUCUCCUCAUUUUUGUUCGCAGAGGGCAGUUGCACAGGGUCGGUCGAUGCAUUCCCCAUGAAAAACGACAACGUUUCCUGGAGAUUAUAGCAAAGAAGAUCCCCAAAUCUGACGAUUCCUUGCCAAACUGUCAAUGGGACGGCCCUGCUGACAUAUUUGACCUCGUGGGAGGCGCUCCGGAGCAGGACGAGCACUACCUUAGGCCAUUAUCACAGGAACUCGAUGGGAGUGCUUCCAAGGCCAUGUUUAUGCAAUGUGUGCCCAUCAGAGUUGCCUCCAAAUACGCAAGCACCAAUUUCGCCGAGUGUUUGCGUGGCGAUCCAUUGAGGAUGUUUAUUGAAGCCUUCCUGCGCGAGGAGGGCGUCCGGUGGAAUGCCCGAGGUGAUUUUCACCCUGAGGAUCAUCCAUUCAAGAUUUCACCGUCCGCUUUCCAGCAGGCUGCGAUUCUGGAUACCGACGACUACAAUGAGGAGCCUGAACACAUUCUGCACUAUCAAAUUCCCCGAGUACUGCUUCUUUUCGAACUGGAUCCAUUGUCAACACCCCACCGGGAUCCUGUCCUGCUUCCAUGGGGAGCUUUGAUGCAGGAGUUCCUAAGGUGCUUCCUGGAGUUACAGGAAGAUGCAGAAGACAGGCUCGAGGCACUUGACACUAGAAUGGAACGGUGUGCAGAUGAUGAGUUCCCAGUUCUCUUACCAAAGUAUGAAAACCUCAACUUUGGACUACGCCGGGCUGAGGCUAUGAAUUCUGUGUUCAAGGCCUUUGAAAACUACGUGCUUUACGGAUCCAUCGAUAUCCUUCCCGACUACAAUGGCCUUUCCAUCUACCUGAUGAAAUCGGCUCGUCAGAUCCAUAAAUCAAGGUCGCUUGACUGUGGAACCCCUGAAAACCCCCAUUAG